AAUGACCCAUGGGUCAAGAGACAUGCCUGGAGAUACCAGGGCCCGUUCACCAGAGCCAACAGAUUCAAGGGCCUUGUCCCAGGUUUCGGCUGGGGUGUCGGUGCCUUUGCUGUUUACUGUGUUGCUGAACACUUCCUUUUCCCAGCCCACCACCACGACUCUCAC